AUGUCUUCAGAAGAGUUGGCUCUUUAUAAACUUUACCGCCCAGAAAGGAUAACACCAUCUAAACGUUCAGUUGACUUGCUAAAGACCCCAGGGCUUAAUAAAGGUAUGGCCUUCAGCUUAUACGAGCGUCAGUAUCUUGGCGUUCAUGGCUUAAUUCCUCCAGCAUUCAUGUCACAGGAACAACAAGCUUAUCGAGUUAUUUGCAAACUUCGAGAACAGCCCAAUGAUUUAGCACGUUAUAUACAACUUGACGGUUUACAGGAUCGUAACGAGAAGCUCUUUUAUCGGGUGCUUUGCGACCACGUGAAGGAACUAAUGCCAAUCGUUUACACUCCAACUGUUGGUCUUGCUUGUCAGAAUUUCGGGUACAUUUAUCGAAAUCCAAAGGGGAUCUAUAUUACUAUCAAUGAUAACAGUAUUAGUAAGAUUCACCAAAUUCUGUGCAACUGGCCGGAGACGGAUAUCAGAGCAAUUGUUGUGACUGACGGAGAACGCAUUCUUGGUUUGGGCGAUCUUGGUGCGUAUGGAAUAGGAAUCCCAGUAGGAAAAUUAUCAUUAUACGUUGCACUAGGUGGUAUUCAACCCAGAUGGUGCCUUCCUGUUCUUCUGGAUGUAGGAACAGAUAACGAGGAACUUCUUAAUGACCCGUUCUAUAUUGGACUUCGCCAUAGACGAGUUCGCGGAGAGCAAUACGACUCAUUACUCGAUAAUUUUAUGAAAGCAUGCACAAAGCGGUUUGGCCAGGAGACAUUAAUUCAGUUUGAAGAUUUUGGCAACCAAAAUGCAUACCGACUUUUAAAUCGUUUCCAGAAUAAAUAUACCAUGUUCAAUGAUGACAUUCAAGGCACUGCAUCCGUUGUUGUUGCUGGAAUUAUGGCUUGUACCCGAGUUACAAAAAAACCGCUUUCCCAAGAAAAAUUUGUUUUCCUCGGUGCCGGAGGGGCUGCCACAGGCGUUGCUGAAAUGUGUGUGAGGCAGAUGCAGACAGAAGGCAUAACGGAAGCCGAAGCAGCAGAUCGCAUUUAUAUGAUGGACAUCGAUGGUUUGAUAACAAAGAACAGGGUGGACGGUGCUCGUCAUAGUUUGUUUGCCAAGGACAUGCCAGAAACCAAAGAUCUUCUUCAGCUUAUCAAAAAAGUAAAACCCGGAAUUCUUAUUGGCGCUUCGACAGCUCGGGGAGCAUUUACUGAAGAAAUAAUUCGUACUAUGGCUAAAAUCAAUGAAAGGCCGGUUAUUUUUGCUUUAUCCAAUCCUACGAGCAAAUCGGAGUGCACAGCAGAGGAGGCCUUCCGUUACACCGAUGGUAAGGUUUUAUUUGCAAGUGGAAGUCCCUUUGCAGAUGUAGAUUUAAAUGGAAAAAUAUAUAAACCCGGGCAAGGCAAUAAUGCUUAUAUUUUCCCUGGAGUGGCCCUUGGUGUUAUUCUUUUCCAAAUCCGCCAUAUCGACAGCGCUAUGUUUCUUAUCGCUUCAAAGAAAGUGGCUUCUUGUGUGACAGAAAAAGACCUACGUGUAGGUCGUAUAUAUCCACGUUUGCAAGAAAUUCGAGAGAUAUCAGUCCAAAUUGCAGUUGCGGUUGCUGAAUAUGCCUACGAGAAGAAGAUCGCAGGGCUUUAUCCAAAACCUGUUGACUUAGAAAAGUUUAUCCGUGCCUACCAGUACAAUACUGAGUAUGAUGAAUUAAUUAAUGCUAUUUACGAUUGGCCGAAACCCGACACAAUUGCUGGGUUCCCUGUCCCAGGCACUCGGCGUGACAGUAUUGAUGAAACAGAUUUAGUUGACUAG